GCCUUUUAUGACUGGCUUCUUUCACUUCCCAGAAUGUUUUCAAGGUUCAUGCAUGUCGUAGCAUGUGUCACAGCUGAAUAACCCUCCAUUGCAUGGAUGAAGAUUUCAUGUUUUCUCUGUCAGUCCCAAGAGGGCUUUGGAGUCAGCUUAUUUGGCCAUCCCUUACUGAUGGGCACAUAGGCUGUUGCCCGUCUUUUGCUGUUAGCAGUAACACUGCCAUGAUUUUCCUUAUGCAUGUUCCCCUCACCUGUUGCCAGAAACAUGCUGAAGGAAGCGUUGGCAGGGUGAGGGGGUGGCUCCCAGGGGUCCUUCUACUCACUCUGGCUUGUCCCCCAUGCGGUCAUCCCUGGCCAGCACUUCCCAUCUCAGAUCCAGACGAUGGAGACUUAACCCCAAGCAGCCUGUUGUACGAAUGGGAGGAGACACCGUCCCAGGCUACGGUGGCCAUGGUGGCUGCAUCAGUGAGGAAGCUGUGCCUGGCUCAGACCACAAGCUUCGAGGCCGCAGAGCUGUUCCUGACGCUGGUGUCUGAGCUCCGGGGCCUCUCUGCGGAUGAGCUCAUGGAACUCUGGGAACAUUCUUUUUUCAAAUGCCGAGACAACUGGCGACCGCUGGUGGAUGCCCUGCCCUCCUGUGGAACCAAGCCUUGUGUGAGCCUCAUGGCGGAACUCAUUGUGUCCGGGGAGCUGGAGGCAGAUGAGACAGAGGCGUGGCUCUGGUCACUGGCGUUUGUCCCGCAGCCCACAGAUGCUAUGGUCCACGCGCUGCUGCCACUGCUUCAGACCCCGGAGGCCAGCCCCAGCGCCUUCCUGGGCAUCUCAGCUCUGGUGCAUAACCUCUGUGUGUCUCUGGACGGGCCCUGCGGGCAGCUGCCUGGUGUUGGCUCCCUCAUGAGGAUCCUGGAAGACGCCUUGGGUGCCAACUGCACCUUCCAGGAGCCCUCAGAUGCUGACCAGCUGCAGCUCGUGCUGAAGGCCAUUGGCAAUGCCGGCCUGGCGGCCGUAGCUCUCACCCCCAAGCUGAGCACUUGUGCGUCCCUGAGGAGCUGCCCCCCUGAGAUCCGGCUGGGGGCCAUCCAGGCCUUCCGGAGGGUUCCCUGCUCUGCAAACCGAUCCGUGCUCUCCAGCCUGUACCAAAGCCCCGAGGAGGAUGCUGAGAUCCGCAUCAAUGCCUACCUGGCACUGAUGAGGUGCCCGGACGAGGAGGUGUUUGCCCAGGUGCGGCGCACCCAGGCAGGAGAGCCGUCCACCCAGGUGGGCUCCUUUGUGUGGAGUCAUCUCCUGCAGCUGCUGGAGACAGGCGACCCCCUGAAACGGGCCCUCCGGGAGGCCAUCCCUGAGGACAUUGUCAGCCAAGAGUUCCAUCCAGAGACCUGGAAACACUCGUCCUACUCUGACGUCACCUUCCGCUCAGCAUCGGGCAGCCUGGGAGCCAACCUGGAGGGGACCCUUCUCUUCUCUCCGGCCUCCUUCCUUCCCCGUUCUGCCACAGCCAACCUGACUGUCCAUGCCCUUGGUCGUGCCUUCAACCUCCUAGAGCUGGGGCUCCGGCUGGAAAAUGCUGAGGAAAUAGCCGGCAGGCUAUUUGGCCCGAAGUCAUUCUGGGGGCAGGAAGAGGAGAGACAGGCCCAGGCGGAAAAGCCCCCAGAGCCAGGACCAGGGCCUACACCGCAGCCAGCCAACCCCGCCUGUCCAGGAGAAAGGUCCAGAAAGAUGAGAGACCUGCAGCGGAAGGUGGCCCAGAGGCAUCGGGAGCGGCGGGCGCUGCAGUGUAAGCUGAGCAUGAAGGUUUUUGGGCAUGAGCUGAGCUUUGUGGACUGCGGGGCGAUGGGGAGUCAUGUGACACGCCAGUCCCUGAACCUGGCCGAGCUUGCUGGCAAGCUCCUGAAGGGACAGGAGGUGCAGGUGAACCGAAGGCUGAACCUGGCCAUGGAGGAGCUCACUUUUCCCACCAUGUCUGGACUCCUAGCCCAGCUGACCCUGAACGCCUCAGCUGCCAUCAACAUCCAGGUCGGAGGGACAGCCAACUUCCAGCAGCGCUCGGAUUUCUCUGUGAAUGGUUAUGUCAAGCCCAGCGCCCUGCUCCAGAUCUCGGCACAGAUGGGCACAGUGGGCACCCUGGGGCAGGCUGGGCUGAGGUGGGUGACCGGCGUCCGUGGCACCGCCAGCCUGGAUGGAGGGAUCCGGAUAAAGAAGGGCCAGGACCUCAGGGUGCAUCUGAACACACCCGAGGAGGCUGUGGAGCUGCUCCGCUUCAGCUCUCAGCUGUUUCUCAUCACUGGGAAUGGCAUGAGGAGCCUCAGUCACGCUCACAUCCCUUCUGAGGCCCAAUCCUGUACCGACAAGGAAGCGUCCCGCACUUGGGGCUGGCAGCUGUGCACUGAAGUGAGCUGGCCUCCAGCCGGGCAGCCCUACCUGCUCUCGGUGCCUGUGUUUGCGGCUGUGAUGCUGAAGAAGCAGGACCGGGGGCUCCAACGCUAUCUGCUGGAAGCUGCCUAUACCCUCCACCCCCCGAAGGACUGCUGGCUCCCUCAAGAAGCCUCAGCCCACGUCUUCAUGGGCAUGCCCGGGUCGGAAGUGCCCAGGGACGUCGGGGUGGAUGUCAGCUACAGCUGGCCCCAGAGGAAGUUCCGGCUCAAGCUUCUCCAUCCCAAGAAGAAAAUUGAGUUGGACGGAAAGAUGGACACUCUGCAAAGUGGCUGCAUGGGUCACCUGGAACUGAUACUGGACGACAGGGACGUCUACUACGUCAAGGGCCGGAGCAACCUGUGGCCAGCAGCAGGUGGUGAGGCUCAGCGGAUCGAGGCCCAGCUGGAGGUGAAACUGGUGACAUCGGGCAGCCCUGUGGUCCUCGCCGGGAACCUCAGCCGGCAGGCAGGCAGCAGGCUGGCCUUCUCCAUGUCACUGAGCAACCUGCUGAGUGACCAGGCCCACGUGUCAGCACUGCUGGAGAAGAAGGCGGAGGAAGGGCAGCAGGUGGUGGCCCUGGGUGGCGAGCUCUUCGUGCCAGGGCUUGUGGGGCUGCGCACCCAAGGCCUGCUGCAGCAGCGGGCCCGCCUCUGGACCAGCUCCCUGGGGAUCAAGUACGGCCUCCUGGGUCAGGCGAAGCAGCUGGCACAGGAGUGCAGCACCAGGCAGAAGCUGCGGGUGGAGAGUGGCUCAGAGGCCACCUACAAGCUGGAGCUGGACCACGAGCUCCACUGCACGCAGAUCCCAGCAUUCAGCCACAAGGUCCAGCUGAGGCAUGAGGAGGGCUCAGGCCACCUCCACUGGGAGCUGGAGGCGAGCUAUGGGAGGCACUGGGAUGACAGCCGCAACAAGAGGCACCUCCGCAUCAACCAGACCUUCCAGAACGACUCGGGCCCAGCCCUGAGCAAUUACUUCAUGGAGUUUGUGCUGCAGGUGCCCGCGAGGCAGGUGGAUUUCCGUACGCAGCUGCACCACUUGAGCCUCCGCCAGCCCCACGUGGAGAGCAGCACAUACCUGAAGGUGCAGUACAAUGGGCGGCUGCCCUUUGUGGCAGGCUUGCAGUGGAAGGACAAAUCCAGGGCCACCCUGUGGAAGUGGGAAGGAGCCUUGAACCUGGAUAGUCCAUGGCUGAUGGUCUCGGCGGCUCACAGGCUGUACUGGCCCCACCGAGCCACGUUCCAGGCUGUUGUGGAGCUGACGCUGGGCAAGGCCUGGACCCUCAAGAAUCUGGUGAUGAACAUGGCCUGCAAGAGCCAGGGCCUCCACAGGGAGGUCAAGGUCCACGUCUACACCCCAGCUACCACCUACCUCCGGGUUUCCACAGUGACAGCCGUGGCACGGAGCCUCUUUCGCAGCUGGAGUAAAGUAGAAUCAGCCUGGAGUGCAGCAAUGCAGGGUGAGAUCCAUGCCGAGAACAGCCAGGACCGUAAGAUCCUUCACGGCUGGUUGAAGGGCCCCCAGCAGGAGCUGAAUUUAACGGUGGCCUACAGGCAUACAGAGCAGCCAUGGAAGAGCCACCUGUUGCUGACGGCUCUGGGGGCCAGUGCCGGGGGCCAGCGUCAGGGCCUGCAGCUGGAGGGCGAACUGGAGGAGCUGAUGCAAGACAGGAGGUUGUACCAGAAGCAGGGGACUUUCUUCGUUAGGCACCCGUGGACUCUGCCCAUCCCGCAAAGCAUCCUCCUGCAGGAGACCUUCACGGCGGACAGGCAGCACCAGCGUUACUCCCUGGAGACGAGGGUUGUUCUGGAUGGCCAGGAGGAGACCCUGCAGACCGUAGUCCUGGGCUACCAGGCCGGGCACCCAUACGUCUGCGCGGGCCUGACCCACCCAUACAACGGCAAGGCCAUCCCCAGGAACUUGGAGGGGUGCGUGGUUACGUGGAACCGGCACAUCGCCAGGAACAAGGACGUUGAGGUCACUCUGAAAGUCAACCAGAAAGUCUUGCUGCACUUAAAGGGUCUGCACCAUGACCGAUCUCGGCGUGGGCAAGUCUGGCACAGCCUGGCCCUGGAGGUGGCUCACUCCUCCCAGCUGAGGUUCCCCCAGGCCCUGAGUUUGGAUGGGGACAUUGUCUUCAGGCGGAGUCACCAGGGAGCAUUUGACUGCGGUGUGGAUGCACGGGCUGCCAUCAACCACGAUGUCACGUCCCAGGUCUCAGUCCAGCUGAACGGGUCUGACUCCCACUUGGUGCUUUCCCUCCAGCUCAGACAUCCCCACAGACCAACAUUUCCUCCAAACUUACAGGUGCAGGCAGCUGCUGGGCGCUACAAAGAGUGCAACCUCAACGGCUCCCUGUCUGUGCACGUGUCUGGUGAGGUGCUCGUUCUGCUGGAGGCCACUGCCAGCCAGGAUACCUGGAGGAGCAGCCGGGGCUGGGGCAUGAACGUCCUUCUCCGCCAGGAGGUCCUCAGAGCCCCCAGAGCUGUUCAGCUGCAGCUGUCCGGCAAGGUCACCCCAGACAGGAUUUGGCUGUUUUCCAAGGCACUGCUAGACCAGAACACAGUGCAGCUUUUUUUCAAGGCAUCUGAAGAGCAGAGGGGAGGCCAGGUCCUGACCCUGCAGAGCCAAGCCCAGCACACCUGGGCAGCCGUGCCCCAUCUUCUGACCCUCACAGGUGUGCUGAAGCAGAAGGAGACACUCACAGAAGGUACCAUCAAGGUCACUGCCGGCUCAGCUGUGCUGGGAUUCCUCUUGCGGGACAAGCAUGAGAAGGCAGGGAACAGCACCAGUGUGCACAGUGUGACCUGCAUCCUUGUCCAGAAUGGCAGCCAGGCCUUGCCAGGAGAGCUCCAGCUGAGGGGGCGACUGCAGGCCCAGACGGGGAGCCUUGAGGGCCAGGCCAGCCUCCAUGCUGACACGGUCAGCCUAGCUCUGGGUGGAGUCUGCAUCUGGGGCCCUGGGCACGGCCAGCUCUCGGUCACACUGAGUCACAACAUCAACACCUUGCGUGAGGCAGGUAGGAGGGGUGGAUAG